UAACCUGACGACUUGGGGCUUCACCACCCUCCCACAUUCAAGUGUUUCUUCGCCGUCCGUCUGUGGCCGCAGAAACAGCAUGAAUUCAACUUCGGCACCUCCUUCACCCCAUAGCUCUUCUUGUAUCGCUCUCCAUUUGCUGAAGACAUUUGUUCGCUUGGGUACGGUCAUCAACUUCCCUAUCUGCACGUCGCACUCUUCCAUGCCAAAUUUUGCGCGGAUCACAUCACGCACGUACGCCCCGGUCAUUGUCGGGCUGAUAUCCACCGUAACGUCCGUUGGAAAAUCUUCGUAGUUCUCGUCGAUGCAUUCCAAGGCUGCCUGAUUUUUUUUUCCUUUGUUGUGCCUCCUCCAGUGUACUUGAACUUUGCGAGUCGGGCGAGGAUUGGUUGUCGUGGGAUUCGGUUGGUCUGGUGCGAGAGCUGCUACUUGGGUAGUCUUUGGCCGCAUCCAGGCCGGGAGAUCAUCUUGAUUGAGUUCAAGAUGGGGGUUGGUGACCCCUGGGAAAUGAAUAUUUUGUUGGUCAUUGAUCGGGUGCGAGAGCUGCUACUUGAGUGCUCUUUGGGCGCAUCCAUGCCGGGAGAUCAUCUUUGCUAAACUCGAAGGAAUUGUCCCAGUCGUCUUUCCCGAAUCGCCUGUCCCAUGUAUUAAUUGCGUAUUUUACAUACGCAAGUACGUUGAAAAGUCUGUUUGGGGUCUCCAGAUCACUCUCAACACAGUCUGCAUUGUGGGUUUGUAAUCCGAGGGAAAUGAAUAUUUUGUUCAUCGUCGAUCUGGUGCGAGAGCUGCCAUCUCGGUAAUCUUUAGUCUCAUCCACGCCGGUAGAUCAUCUUUGUUGAAUUUUAGAUGACUAUCCCAAUCUUCCUUUCCAAAACGCCUGUCCCAGGUAUUCAUUGCGUAUUUCACAUAGGCGAGAACGUUGAAGAGUCGGUUCGGCGUCUCUAGAUCGCUCUCGAGAUAAUCCGCAUUGUUGGUAUCUUUCAAAUGCUCAAGAUCAACGAGUUUGAUUUCCUCAAUCUUCACGGGUGGUGGCUUGCAUGAGGUGAGUAGCUCGAACUCUUUGGCCGUCUGAUCCUGGUCGGCUUGGGUGAUGACGGUUUCCCCAGAAAGCGACUUUUGUAUCGCACGCUGCAACUGACAGAUGGCUAAUGCCAUCCUGCGUGGGAAAUGAAUAUUUUGUUUAUCAUCCAGGGUCUGACGAAUGGUUUUCAACCG